AUGCUUUUACAAGUUUUCUCAAUUCCAUCAGCACUAUUCCUCUCAAUUUUCUUCCUCAAAAUAAAGUAUAGAUGCAAUCAUUAUUUGUCUCUCUUGUUCUGUGCUGCUGGAGUGGCUUUCUCUCUUGUUAAUGACAUAAUCCUUAAUCCAAGAGAUAACAAUAAUGAGUCCACCUUAGAUGCCUUGUAUGGUGAUAUCAUGGUACUAUGUGGUGCUUUUCUAUAUGCAACGUAAGAGUACAAGGAAUUCAAUGGCAUUGAUCAUGGAGAUAUUUACAAGGUUGCUUUAUACUAUUUUGGAUUUGCCUUCAUCAACUUUGUUUCUUACACGAUCAUACCUUUCUUUGUAAGAAGAUCAGGGGCAACUCUACUUAACAUUUCUAAUCUUACUACUAUCAUAUGGUCUAUGUUGUCAGAUAUUUUUCUCUUCAAUAGACCCUUUUAUUGGAUGUACGUAUGCGCGUUUGGGUGUGAAUUAGUAGCUAUAUUAGUUUAUAGCAUCAAGAAUCCGAUAACAAAUCAAGAAUUAGAGUAGAGUCAGCAGCAAUUGACAGACUUGUAAACGUCAGCCAUUAAUAAAUCUAUCUUAUAAUCUAUUAAAAGUGGGAAUAUAGCAACUAAUUCGCCUAAACACAAGUCAAGCUAAUAUUCUAAGAGCAAUAACCUGAAAUUUGAAGAUAGUAAAAACAGUCAAGCUAAUGGAGGAAGAGGUGAUGGUGGUUAUAACAGUAGUUUAUUACAAAGUAAGAACUCAAAGGAUGCCAAUAAACAAACUGGAUCCUUUAAAUAGAAAAAUGAGCAUUAACAAGAGAAUAGAGGAAGUAUAAAGAGUAGAGCUAGUAGUAAUUAUGAUGAAUUAUUGCAAGAUCAAAUAUUUGGAGGUGCUGCUAGCUAAACCAUUACAAUGCUUAAACUUUAGGAUUAAUUAAGGAAAAAUGUCAAAGAGCAUUCUAACUCAUUACAGAAUUCUACAUACGAUGCUGUAUUACAGGAGGAUAGAGACGAAUAUAUUAAAGGGAAUAAUCAGUAUCAGAAUAAAAGUAGGAAAUAUUCGUAACUUUGA